AAAAUUUGCUUCCUUCCGUCUCCUCCCUAGGGUUUCAAAAUCGCCGGUGUGGGGACUGACUAUUAGAAUAUCCUCCCUACCUCUUUGAUUUCAUCUUUCAUUUAAACCUAAAUUUGAAACCUCUUCUUACAUCAAAUUAGGGUUUAAGACCAGAUGGGGACGGAAAGGAAGAGAAAGGUCAGUUUAUUCGAUGUCGUCGACGAUAGUGCCCUCAAGAAAUCUAAUGGUAUCGCAGCCGGAGCAAACCUCAACGCUUCAUCUCUCAUCAAUAAGUGGAAUGGACGUCCGUUUUCGCAGAGGUAUUAUGAGAUAUUGGAGAAAAGGAAGACUCUUCCUGUUUGGUUGCAGAAAGAUGAGUUUCUUCAAGUCCUUCAUGCUAAUCAAACUCUAAUCUUGGUUGGGGAAACUGGAAGUGGUAAAACUACUCAGAUUCCUCAACUUGUUCUGGAUGCUAUAGAUGUACAGGGUCCAGAUAAACGUAGAAAGUAUUUGAUUGGUUGCACUCAACCAAGGAGGGUGGCUGCUAUGUCGGUUUCUCGUAGGGUUGCUGAGGAGAUGGAUGUGACAAUUGGAGAAGAAGUUGGUUACAGUAUUCGUUUCGAGGAUUGCAGUAGCCCGAAAACAGUUUUGAAGUAUUUAACUGAUGGUAUGCUUUUAAGAGAGGCAAUGACAGAUCCUUUGUUAGAAAGGUACAAGGUGAUCAUACUCGAUGAAGCUCACGAAAGAACCUUGGCUACAGAUGUUCUAUUUGGUCUACUGAAGGAGGUUUUGAAAAACCGACCUGAUUUGAAACUAGUUGUUAUGAGUGCUACACUUGAGGCUGAAAAGUUUCAGGGAUAUUUCAAUUCCGCACCUUUGAUGAAAGUUCCUGGAAGGCUUCAUCCGGUUGAGAUCUUUUACACACAAGAUCCCGAGAGAGACUAUCUUGAAGCAGCUAUUCGUACAGUCGUGCAGAUUCACAUGUGCGAGCCUCCUGGUGACGUGCUUGUUUUUCUUACUGGAGAAGAGGAAAUUGAGGAUGCGUGUAGAAAAAUCACGAAAGAAAUAGCAAAUAUGGGAGAUAGUUAUGGACCAAUUAAAGUUGUGCCUUUAUACUCUACACUUCCUCCGGCCAUGCAACAAAAGAUAUUUGAAGCAGCUCCACCUCCCCUAGUGGAAGGCGGUCCUGUUGGAAGGAAGAUUGUGAUUUCAACUAACAUUGCUGAGACUUCUUUGACUAUAGAUGGGAUUGUUUAUGUUAUAGAUCCUGGAUUCGCCAAACAGAAGGUUUAUAAUCCCAGGAUUCGUGUUGAAUCUUUAUUGGUAUCUCCAAUAUCAAAGGCUAGUGCUCACCAGAGGUCGGGUCGUGCUGGAAGAACUCAGCCUGGAAAAUGUUUUAGGCUUUAUACUGAAAGAAGUUUCAAUAACGAUCUUCAGCCUCAAACAUACCCUGAAAUUCUACGAUCUAAUCUUGCGAACACUGUUCUAACCUUGAAGAAGUUGGGGAUAGAUGACCUUGUGCAUUUUGACUUUAUGGACCCUCCCGCUCCAGAAACUUUGAUGCGAGCUUUGGAGGUCUUGAAUUAUUUGGGAGCUUUGGACGACGAAGGAAAUUUGACAAGGUUGGGCGAGAUGAUGAGCGAGUUCCCACUCGAUCCUCAGAUGUCGAAAAUGCUCGUCGUUAGCCCCGACUAUAACUGUUCGAAUGAGAUCCUGUCAAUAUCUGCAAUGCUUUCGGUACCCAAUUGCUUUGUGCGGCCUAGGGAGGCUCAAAAAGCUGCAGAUGAAGCUAAAUCUCGGUUUGGACAUAUCGAUGGGGAUCACCUGACGCUUCUCAAUGUGUACCAUGCCUAUAAACAGAACAAUGAAGACCAGUCAUGGUGUUACGAAAACUUUGUAAACCAGAGGGCGAUGAAGUCAGCUGAUAACGUGAGAUCACAACUAGUACGAAUCAUGUCUCGUUUCAGCCUCAAAAUGUGUAGCACGGAUUUCAACAGCCGUGACUACUAUAUAAACAUAAGAAAGGCCAUGCUAUCUGGAUACUUCAUGCAAGUGGCACAUCUCGAACGAACUGGACACUAUUUGACUGUCAAGGACAAUCAGGUUGUACACCUUCAUCCUUCCAAUUGUCUGGACCACAAGCCUGAGUGGGUCAUCUACAACGAAUUCGUACUGACUAGCAGAAAUUUCAUCAGGACAGUAACUGAUGUUCGAGGGGAAUGGUUGAUAGACUUGGCACCUCAUUACUUUGAUCUGGCAAACUUCCCACAAUGCGAAGCUAGACGCGUUCUUGAGAGAUUGUACAAGAGCAAGGAAAAGGGUAGGGAAGAAAGCAAAUCGUCGAGAAAGUAAAAGUAGAAAGUUAAACAUUAUUCAUCUUCUCACACACUAGAGAAAUGAGUUUAGUAAUUUGCUUAUUACCCCCCUUUGAGAAGAAGAGAUAAGAGAUUGUUUUCUUCUGUGCACUGUCUGUUGUUUUUUUCCCCCCUAUUUUGGGUUGUGGGUGAAUGAGGGUUAUUAUGAUGAUGGGUAGAGGAAUUUGGUGUAGUGUUUAUUAUUAUUAUCUGUCAUAAGAAGAAGCAUGCAUACUUUUUAAGGUUUUC